AUGCCUAGACCUCCCGUAACAUGCCAUAUUCUCGAUACCACCACGGGGAAACCAGCCCGAGGUGUAGUGUGCUCCAUUUUCAAACUGAACGUCGAUGAUACCUCUGACAGCGAGACGGUUAUAUGCGAAGACAUUGACGAACCGUUUGCUUUGGCCAAGACCAACUCUGACGGCCGUAUUGACAGCUGGAUCUUCACCCCAGAUUUGUCAAAACGCUCUUUUUUGACCAGUACUGGAGUUGUGGAGAAGAAUUCUCGUCUAGAAUGGGAGUCUCUGGUCCCUGGCUUUUAUAAGAUCCGCUUUCAAACGGCAAAGUACUUUGCUCGCGAGGGAAAAUCGUGUUUCUUCCCGUUUGUCGAGAUUGCCUUCACCGUGAGCGACACAAGACACUACCAUAUUCCGUUGCUUCUCAGUAAUUUUGGGUACACCACGUAUCGUGGGAGCUGA